AUUUUCAAGUAGAAAACAAUUAAUGUCUUGAUAUAUGGUCUCCAAAUUUGGUGUCAAGGUAUUCAUUAAGUAAGAAAGCAAAAAUAUUGAUAAUGAGUGUUACAAAAUUAAAUGAAGAGAAAUUUGACAUCAUAUCAUACUCUCUACCAACACCAAAACUUGGAUCCACCUUCUCAAAUGUUAUCAAAAGUUUUCCAAGCAGAAAAUCAAUUAUUACAGAGGUUUUGGAGACAUUGAAAGAUGAAGAUUUUAAAAUCUUAAGUAUAUGUGGAAUGGGUGGUGUGGGAAAGACAACACUUGUGAAAGAAGUAAUUAAAAUUUUAGAAGUAUGCAAGCUAUUUGAUGAAGUUGUAAUGGUAGUGGUUUCUCAAAAUCUUGAUUAUGUGAAAAUUCAAGGUCAAAUUGCGGAUGCUUUAGGCUUAAGAUUUGAAAAGGAGACUAUUCAAGGGAAAGCAUGUCAACUACAUGAAAGAUUGAAAGGUGUUGAUAAUAUUUUAAUAGUUCUUGAUGAUGUUUGGGUAUACUUUGAUUUUGAGUCUAUUGGAAUUCCUUCCAAUGAACAUCAUAAGAAUUGUAAAAUUUUGUUUACAUCAAGAAAUGAAGAUGUUUGUUAUAAGAUGGGAAGUCAAAAGAAUUUCACGGUUUCUAUUUUGUCUCCAAAUGAAAGUUGGGACCUUUUUCAUGAUAUAGUUUGUAGAAAUCUUUCAACCAAGCUUGAUAUUCUUCACAUAGCAAAAGAGGUUUCAAAUGAAUGUGGGGGGUUGCCAAUUGCCAUUGUUACAAUGGCAAAAGCAUUAGCAAAUAAAGAAAAACAUGUAUGGGAAGAUGCAUUAGAUCAAUUAAAAAGAUCUUCCAUCCCUUUCCUUUUAGAAAUGCAAGCUUGUGUAUAUUCAAGCAUCAAGCUAAGUUACAAUUUUUUAGAUAGUGCAGAAGAAAAAUAUGUUCUUUUCCUUUGUUGCUUAUUUCCAGAAGAUUUUGACAUUCCUAUAGAGGUUCUACUCUGGCAUGGAAUGGGUUUGCAAUUGUUUAUUAAUAUUAAUGCAUUGUGGAAAGUUAGAAAUAGAGUGCACACCAUUGUUGAUAAACUUAAGAGGCGUUUCAUGUUGUUAGAUGGUAAUGUGGAAGAGUGUGUCAAAAUGCAUGAUGUUAUACGCGAUGUUAUCAUAUCAGUUGUAUCUACAGAAGAAUAUGAUUUUAUGAUACAAUGUGACGGAUAUCAAAUGGAACAAUCUAAAAGAGAAACAUGUUAUCAUAGCAGUGCGAUUUCACUUAUCUCCAAAGAAGCAAAAGAACAUCCUAAAGUGUUAAAUUGUCCAAAGCUUAAGCUUUUGCAAAUAGCAUCAAAGAAGAAGGGUUUGGUUCCUGAUAAUUUCUUCCAAUGUUUGAAUAAGCUUAUGGUGCUUAGUCUACAAAAUGUGCACAUUCAUUCAACGGCUUUAGUAUUUGAAGCUUUAGACAACAUCCACACUCUACUACUAGAAGAUUGUCUUGUAAGUGACAUAUCUAUAAUUGGUAAGAAACUCAAAAUGCUUGAGAUUCUUAGUUUUUCUAACUCAAAUAUCAAAGAAUUGCCAGAAGAAAUUGGACAACUAAGUUCACUAAGGUUAUUAGAUUUGACUGAAUGCAAUGAUCUCAUUCAAAUAUCUACUAAUGUCUUUGCAAGCUUAUCUAAACUAUAAGAGCUCUAUAUUAGAGUGCGAAGUCUUUCUUAUAAGGAAACUAAUCACAUUCUUUUUGAGUUACAAUCUUUAUCCCAUCAUCUGAAGGUCAUAGAGAUUGUAAUUUUGACAAAUGAAGAUUUACCCAUAGAUUUGUUCUUCAAAAGUAUUGAGAGAUUUUGGGUUUAUUUGGGAGAUUCUUCUACUCUUUCUCAUGGCAUUGUUCGAAAAGGAUACUUG